AUGUCUGGGCGCUCAGGCAGCCGGGAUUGCUUGCCUUCUGCAAUGUCUUUUCGGAGGAGGCGGCUGGCACGGAGGCCGGGCUACAUGAGAAGCGAAGCUGGGUCCUGGAUCAGGUUCCUCUCCCCUGCCAUGGGCACGCCGUGCUGGGCGCAGGGACGGAAGAGCAGUGAGCAGUCCCACGGCUCCGAGCCCAGGGCCGGAGGGUGUGGCCUUGACCCCGGAGGCCAGUGGCGAGACCCUGUUCCCAGGAGCACAGCAGCCUCGGCUCUGACCUGUGUGGGCCACCUUGGUCUGGCUCCGACGUCGGUGACAGGGACCUCGGGGUGCUUUGGGGUUCAGUACAGAGCUGGCACCACACUGCCCGACAGGCUGACCAGGUCGUGUGGCCCUGGGGACGCUGGGUGUCAGGGGGAGCUCCCGCCCAUGGACAGUUCUGAGGCCCCGGGCCCUCUCCGGGAUGCAGCCUGUGGUGAAGGGCCAAGGGGCACCUGGACAAAAGGCUGUCCGACUCCAGAGGAGGUGAUUGGCACCAGCUGUAGCCUCGGAAGUGGCCCCAAGGCACCCUGCGCCCCUGCCGACUCUCAGGCGGCCUUCACCUCUAGCUUCAGCUUCAUCCGGCUCUCGAUGAGCUCUGCCGGGGAACGUGGAGAAGCGGAGGGCUGCCCUCCAUCCAGAGAGGCCGAGGACAUGGGAGCCAAGGCCACCGGCCUGGAUGGGCCCCUCCAGGACCCUCGACUUCUUUCUGCCCCCUUCAAUCUCAAGGCUGCUCAGGGCCCGGCAGACUCUUCCCAGACUGCAGAGGGCAGCCCCAGGCUGGAGUGGGAGAUCCUUUCCACAUGGGACACAGAGGCCGCGUCCUCCUGCUCCCCGGACCCCUCGUGGUUCCAGGGGGAUGCUCUCUGCUGGGACACGCUGCUCAGGAAAUGUGAGCCUGUGCUGCUGGACUGCCUGCAGACCAACCGCAGGCAGCUGGAGGUAAACUCCUUAAGAUUAAAGCUUCAGAAACUCCAAGAAAAAGCAGUUGAGGAUGAUGAUUAUGAUAAGGCGGAGACAAUAAAACAAAGAUUAGAAGACCUGGAGAGAGAGCAGAGCAACCUGCACUUCCAGCUUCCGUCCAGGCAGCCGGCCCUUGGCGGCCUCCUGCAGCACCUGCGGGCCCAGGUGGAGGCCGCCCUGCUCAGGGCCGCCCAGCACCUCCAGGAAAGGAUGAAGCCCCUCAACUUGUCACUUAAAGAAAUCACUGCAAAGGUGUGUGUGACCAAGAGACUCUGCAGUACCCUGAGGAAGAAAGUUAACGAAAUUGAAACCCAACUGCCGCCAUUGCUUGAAGCCAAAAUGGCCGCCAUAUCAGGAAACCAUUUCUGUACGGCCAAGGAGCUCACAGAAGAGAUCAGAUCCUUAACAUCCGAGCGCGAAGGGCUGGAGGGACUCCUGAACAAGCUGGUGGCGCUGAGUUCCAGGAAUGUCAAAAAGCUGAGAAGUGUUAACGAAGAUUACAACCAGCUGAGGAGGGAACUGGACCACGGGAGAGCGGCCUAUGAAACUGGUGUGAAGGAGAAUACUUCGAAGUACACGGAGGCACUGGAGGACAAGCUGCACAGCUGUAAGUGCCCAUUGCUUCGAAAAGUGUGGGAAGCUGACUUGGAAGCUUGUCGGUUGCUUAUGCAGAGCCUGCAGCUCCAGGAGGCCGGAGGCAGCUGGUCUGCAGAAGAGGAAAGGCCGGUGGAAGAGGUAGAGGGAGCUGCCUGUACACCCUCUCCAGUCACCUCUCCCAGGCCCCGCCCUGCAGAUGAGAGGAAGACCCCUCUGCAGGCCUUUGAAGAAUGGAAAGCUCACCUGGAUCCGUCUCCUCACUGCACUGGCAGCGAACAGGAAUCUUAUAUGCUUUCUGAGGAGCUUGGAGAAAAAUGUGACGCCAUAGGCAAGAAGUUGCUAUACUUGGAAGAUCAGCUUCACACAGCGAUCUGCAGUCACGAUGACGACCUCUUUCAGACUCUCAGGAGGGAGCUCCAGCUGGUGAAGGAAACUCUGCAGGCCAUGAUCCUGCAGCUCCAGCCAGCGAAGGAGGCCGGAGAAGGAGAGGCGGCGGCUUCCUGUGUGACAGCUGCUGCCUGGGAAGAGACCUGAGGCGCGACAGGAUGGGGAUAGGAGGGAAUUGUGAUGUUCCUGCCUUCUUGAAGAUCCGUGGACUUGAGACAAUGUCUGUCAUUUCCGGAAGCCGUGCUGUCAUUUCCGGAGGGCAGCUGGUGCUUCGCAAAGCCUUCCGUGCUGGGAAGCACAUCUGUCCUUGGUCAAGGAGAUGCCCUUGAAGCCGUUGGUUGGCCAGGGUCCAGGGAACAAAGCAAAAGCUCAACAUAUGAAUUCACUGUUUCCUACAGAUUUUUCUUGAGCAUUUAAAAAAAUAUUCUACACAUUUUAAUAAUAAGUACAAUUGAUUUGUUCCAGGAAUUCUUGGUUUUCCAAUGAUGGACCAAAUUUCUGAAUUGAAUAUACAUUCCUGAAUUGUUUAUACAUCUAAAAAUUACUAUGUACGAGUCACAUGGCACUUGGAAUCCUUGAAUUAAUUCCAAUGAAGGAAAACUUGGGGAGAGUCAGGAUUGGCCGUCUUGCCAGUAACAAAUCCUUACUUUGACAUGCCUUUUUAAAAAGCCCCCAAACACAAGACAUCGUAACAGUCACUAACCCAAGUGUUUUGCAUUAUUCAGAAACCAUCAUGAAUAUUCUGUGAGGUCAUGAUAUAUUUGAAAAUUCUGGAGGCUAAUGACUACUCUGUGUGCCCCAAAUAAUGGUUUUCCAGUACCCACAGUGGGCAGUGCAUUCUUUUCCUUGAGAUGCUGACCACGUUUAAGUAUUGGGGCAGGUGAAUGAUGCUUUAACCCUUUGCUGCAACUCAUCUCUCAUCUAUGCUGGUCUCAGUCACCCGGAAGCCAGCUAAAGGCCAGGCUGUUUCCUGUGGUGACAGAACCUCCUCAGGACAAGGCCCCUCUCUUCAGCAACUGUGACCCUAGAAGACCCAGGAUCAUGUAUCCCAACCCAUAAUAAGGGGCAGUUUUUGUCCAGGCAACAUAAAAAGAAAUUAGUGUUCGAAUUUAAAAGCAACAAGACAACAACAAUAAGAAUUGAAGCUUUGUAGAGACAGUCUAGACCACAAGCCAAAGUGCAGAUUGAAAGUGAUGACCUAGAGUCUGAUUUCACUGUGACAUGAGAGAAGAACAAUUAUAUCUCACUGCCCACCAGCCGAGAUGCUGGUGUUCCAUUGGCCGCCCAUUUACCUUCCACCAGCCUGAGAUAGGGCUUGUUCUCAGUGAGAACAAACCUACUUCCCUCUCACUUCCUGAAAUGUCAAGGCCAAAAUAAUCCUUUCCCAAACAUGUAGUAUGUAAGAUUGGAAGCAUUUCUUCCUUUGCAGCGAGGCUGGUUUCCCCACCCCAGGAACGUGUAAUGGCUCACCGGUAUGCAUGGGGACUAUCCUAAGACCUUACAAUCAUUGUCUGUUUUAAUUCUCAUGUCACCCAUAGGGGCAGAUGUGUCAAAGAUGAAACUGAGCCUUAGGAGACCAAUGAGCUUUCCCCAGGACACAGAGCUGGCUGGUGUGGGAGUGAGAGUAACAGAGACACGUGGGCCGCUCUGAACUGCUGCUCUUCCUAAAGUGCCUUCCAUGUCUUUCUGGGACUGCGAGCAGGGAGCUUGUUUGUUUACUUAAGAACGCAUGGUCACCUUGGGAGCCCAGCCUGGAGAGUCAGAGAAACUGAGGCUGGGAACCACAGCUUCCCACCCGCCAGGUGCCCCCCACUUCUCUACAGCCAAGAAGUCUAGGCUCAGACAGGCUUCAGCAAAUCUACUCACUCACCACCGUCCCAAACAACCAUUCAUUCCCCAAACACUGCAAAAGCCGUGCCAGGAACAACCGUGUACUGACUAACACUGGACAGAUUUUCUUGAAAAUCCCCAUCAAUUGGUGUUUUGCAGAAAGCAUUUGAGAAAGCAAUGCUGCACUCAUUAAUCAAUGCCUUCCUGUAUAAGCAAUUUAAUACUUUUAUUUUUAAUAUCCUCACCUGACCUAAUCUUUGGAUUUUGUCAUGUAAUUUAUUGCUUCAUAAAGUUGACUUUUUGUUACAUGAAAUUAAAACUGAUGUCCAAGUCAUGGUGCACCUUUAACUUUUUUUUGUCCUCUGGAAUAUGGAUGACAGAAAAAAUUAUCAGGUUUAUUGUCAUUUUUUGUUACAGGAUAAUUAAUUGUAUAGUAACUUACAUCACACAAAACAUUUCUAAUAAAGCAAUGCUUGAAAAUGA